AUGAUGCUCCUUCUGAUUUUUAUGUUCCUGCUGCUGCAGUAUUCCAGUUAUGUCUACUCAAUUGACCGUUCUUACUGUGCUACAAAGACAAACACCAGUGUAUACAAGGACGGAGAUGUGGUGGUUGCUGCAUUUUUACCUCUUUUUACUAUUGUCUUAGAUUCCGCGAUUGAUGAUCCAAGCAAUGAGACUUACUAUACUCAGUUAAAUUUUAAAAACUACCAGAUUGUUCUGGCAAUGGUUUAUGCUAUUGAGGAGAUCAACAGGAACCCUCAUAUUUUACCCAAUGUGUCUCUGGGUUAUGAUCUAUAUAAUGUCAUGUUCAAUGAAUGGUGGAUAUUGGAUAGAUGCAUCACGUGGCUGUCCGGGCCGAAGAAGUAUGUGCCUAAUUAUACAUGUAGGGGAGAAAUGAAGUCUAUUGCAGUACUCACAGGCAUAUCAUGGAUAGUAUCUGCCAAUAUAGGGACAUUGCUAGAACUCUACAAAUAUCCACAGCUGACCAUUGGGUCUUUUGAUCCUAACCUUAAUAAUCAUGAGCAGUUUCCUGAUCUCUAUCAAAUAGCCUCCAAGGACAUGUCUCUGUCCCAUGGCAUUGUCUCAUUGUUGAAUUAUUUCCACUGGAACUGGGUGGGAUUGAUCAUGUCUGAGGGACAAAAAGGUGUUCAGAUAAUCUCAGACUUGAGGACAGAGAUGGACAGAAAUAGAAUAUGUGUAGAUUUUGUGGAAAUGAUCCCAGUUAGUGAANUAUCUCAUUUACCAAACAGGCAAUUGAAUCCUACACAGGUUCUGAAGUCAUCAGCAAAUGUGAUCAUCACCUAUGGUGACAGUGAUUUUCUGAGAGGCUUGCUGUUUUAUUUAAGACAAUUUCUAGUUACAAGGAAAGUCUGGAUAAUGAACUCAGAAUGGGAUAGUGUCAUCCAGUCAAAGCAUUUCAUUUUAAAUUCAUUACAUGGGACCCUUAUCUUCACACAGCACCACAAAGAAACUUCUGGUUUCAGAAAUUUUAUCCAAACAGUGCAUCCAUCAAAAUACCCAGAAGAUUUUUACCUUACAAAGUUAUGGUUCUACUUUUUUAACUGCUCAUUUGCUGACGAUGACUGCAGUAAGCUGGAGAACUGUCUGCCUAAUGCUUCCUUGCAUGAAUCACCAGGGAGCCAUUUUGACAUGGUCAUGACUGAGUUUGCUUAUAAUAUGUACAAUGCUGUGUAUGCUGUGGCCCACAGCCUUCAUGAGAUGUUUCUUCAUCAAGUAGAAGUAAGACCAAUAAGAAAGACAGAAGAGCCGAUAUUUUCAGCCUGGCAG